AUGAGCAUGUUUAAGAAAUUAAAAGGCACGUUUCAACAUGCACAGCAAGAUCUGGUUGACGGCUUGCGUGCACUAACCUCAUUGGAUAAUAACUCACGAUAUGACCCACUUCAGAGUUUAAAAGCAAGGGAGGUCAGUCUGGACACAGGGGCAGAUCUUUUGCAUUGCUACCAAAAGAACUGGUCAUCUAUUGAAACAGAAACACGAGAAUCUGCAAAGAAGGCAGAGGAAGCUUCAACACUUUUGACUCCAUAUUUGAAAAAAUGGGAGAAGCAUGCUGAAUCUGUCGGCCAUCUUGAGCAGGAAGUGAAAAAUAUUCCCAGCAUUCUUGCCAUGCUGACACAGUUGCAUACAUUAUUAGAUGGUUUGUCUCAAAGCUUUAAAGAGGCAGGGAGAGGACUAGACAUACUGGAGGACCUUUGUGAGGAGCAGGAGUUUCACCGGAGAUGUCUCGAAGAGCAGAGGAAGUUGGCGAUGUACAAAGCACUAAAAGAAGCAGAAGCAGAGAAAGUGAAAGUUGAACUUGCCCAAGCUCAUGCCAAGAAAAUGGUGGAUCUAGAGGCAGCAAAGAGAAAAAAUCUUAAGGAGAGGGCAGAUGUAUUUACUUCAGCUUUCCAAAAUGAUCUAGAGUUUUAUCGAACUCAUGGACAUCCUGGAAAACUCCCUGUGGAGUUGCCGAAAGUUGCCAGUUUGAGCGAGAUCACCCUGGAUCAAGACAAGCAAGCCCUAGAUUCUUUCCUUGGUCCAAGUGGGGACACAGAAGGAAGUCUAGAAGUGUCAGGCGAGGGUUCCUACAUCGAGGACGACUACACCAACGACUUCUCUGUCAAACAGGACAUGGACUUCCUUGAAGACAACAGCCACCAAGAAAGCCUGGACAAUGAUGCCAGCCUCUCAGAUGAUGCUGAUGACAGCAUUGCUAGGAUUGAUCCAGAUGACAGCAUUGCUGGAAUUGAUCCACAUGACAGCAUUGCUGGAAUUGAUCCAGAUGACAGCAUUGCUGGAAUUGAUCCAGGUGACAGAAUUGCUGGAAUUGAUCCAGAGGGCAUAGCUAUCUCAGAUGACCAGUCUGUAUUGUCACCUGAACAUAACCGUGCAGAAGAUGCAGGCAGAACUGAACCUGAAAACAUAAACAGUUCAGACAUCACUCAGGUGCCUCCCAAAAACCAAGAAGGUGAUAAUGGAAAAGACAUUGUUGCAGCUGACUCCCAGAAUCAGGACAUUGCUGUCACAUAG